AUGCAGACGAUUGCCAAUGAUUUGGCCCUAUUUAAGCUGAAGUCUCCCGUCAGGCCGGCGGACAAUGUCGCCAUCAUUUCGCUGAACCGCAAUGAAACCCUCGAGGCGGGCACCAAUUUGACGCUCUUCGGCUUUGGCCUGACCAAUGGAAUGCGCCCUCGGCCGGCUCAAAAUCUGCAGAAGGCUUCGCUGCGUUCGCUCGAUGAGGAUCAGUGUCGGGAGUUUGUGGAGGAGAUGGGCCUGAGGAAGAGUCCGGGGAUGAUCUGCACGCAGACGGAUGGGAAGUCGGCGUGUAAUGGUGACAGCGGUGGGCCGCUGGUGCUGGGCAGUGGUGGAUCGGAUGUGAGGCAGGUCGGAAUCGUCUCCUUCGGCGUCAUGUUCUGCCCGAAGGGCGCCAUCAACGUCUACACCAAUGUCGCCCACUACACGGACUGGAUCAGUGAGAAUAUGGGGCAAAGUUAG